AUGGCAUUGCGGAUACGCUCUACAGUGCUGUCUCGUAUCAGCCAUCAUGCCAAUAAUAAUUUUAGGCUUGCAUGUCAAAAACGACUAUUAGCAACCUCUUCUGAUGCUCGACCAUACGAUGUCGUCGUCGUCGGUGGCGGCCACGCCGGCGCAGAAGCAUGCGCUGCCGCCGCCCGCUCCGGAGCCCGUACAGCCCUCGUAACUCCAUCACUAUCCAACAUCGGCGUCUGUUCCUGCAACCCCAGUUUCGGCGGUAUUGGCAAGGGGACCAUGAUGCGCGAAAUCGACGCCCUGGAUGGUGUUGCGGGGCGCAUAAUCGAUAAAGCCGGUGUUAUGUUUAGGAUUUUGAAUCGAUCAAAGGGGCCCGCAGUUUGGGGUCCUCGGGCGCAGAUUGAUCGGGAUUUAUAUCAGCGUUAUAUGCGGGAGGAGUUGGUUUCGACGAAGAAUUUGAGUAUUAUUGAGGCGAAAGUGGAGGAUAUUGUCGUUUCAAGGGAUGAUAAUGAGCAGAAUUCGCAUUCGGCUGGAAGGAUUGUGGGGAUUCGAUUGGAUUCGGGCCAGGUGAUCCCGACGAAUCGAGUAGUGAUUACUACUGGCACUUUCCUAGGAGGGGAGAUUCAUAUUGGUAUGGAGGCAUAUCCGUCAGGACGAAUGGGUGAAGCGGCGACACAUGGUCUCAGCAAGUCUUUACGACAAGCUGGUUUCCAGCUGGGUCGAUUAAAGACGGGGACACCGCCACGAUUGGAUAAGAAGUCGAUAGAUUUUUCGUCACUUGAGGUUCAACGUGGAGAUUCGCCUCCUAAUCCUUUUUCGUUUAUGAAUAAAACCGUGCAAGUGGGCGAUGAAGGGCAAUUGACGUGCUGGAUGACACAUACCAACGAAGCGACUCAUCAAGUUAUAAGGGACAAUCUGGAUAAAUCGAUACAUAUCCGGGAGACGGUCAAAGGACCCCGGUAUUGUCCGUCACUUGAAGCUAAGAUUAUCCGUUUCAAAAAUAAGACGCAACACCAGAUAUGGCUUGAGCCAGAGGGUUUCGCGCCGAAUGAAGUCAUCUACCCUAAUGGAAUAUCUAUGACAGUACCUGUGGAAGCGCAGGAAGCCAUGUUGCGGACAAUUCGCGGUCUGAAAAACGUGCACAUGCUCCAGCCUGCUUAUGGAGUGGAAUACGACUAUAUUGAUCCGCGUAACUUGAAACCGACACUAGAAACAAAACUCAUCGGUGGAUUGUAUCUGGCUGGCCAGAUCAACGGUACGACAGGUUACGAAGAGGCAGCUGGUCAGGGUAUUCUAGCCGGCACGAAUGCCGGUCUGGCUGCGCAGGGCAAGUCGCCUAUGGUGCUAACCCGGGCAGAUGGAUAUAUCGGCAUUAUGGUCGAUGAUCUGAUUACAAGGGGGGUCUCGGAACCAUAUCGUAUGUUUACAUCUCGCAGCGAAUUCCGAAUUUCAAGUCGCUCUGAUAACGCCGAUCUCCGUCUCACAGCCAUGGGUCGAGAAGCAUCUGUAGUCUCUGACGAGCGAUGGAAUCAUUUCAAUGACACCAAAUCGCAAAUAGAGGAACUUUCACGACUAUUGGAAAACACGAGAUACACCUCAAACCAAUGGUCGCGCAUGGGCUUCCAGACUCGAGUAGACACUUCUUACCGCAGUGGUCUCGACAUGCUUUGCGUCGAGGGUAUCAACAUCGACUCACUUAUCCCACAUAUUACCUCACCAAGUGGAACAACCUAUACAGCAGCAUCAUUUGACUCCGAAAUCAAGAAACGCGUAACUAUCGAAGCACAAUACGCCCCCUACGUCAAACGACAAUCCCUCAUGGCCGAGAAAUUCAGACGAGAGGAGCGCAUGCUUCUUCCGUCGAAUAUGGAUUAUUCGGCUGUUCAUGGAUUGAGUACGGAGGAACGACAGGCGUUGGAACGUGUUCGACCUGAGAAUAUUGGUAUGCUAAGACGGAUUGAAGGGAUUACGCCGUCGGGUGCGGUGAGGAUUAUGAUGUAUCUUCGCAAGGGGCGGCUGGUAAUCGAGGAUGAUGUUGUGAGAGAGAUGGCUUCUACUAGCAUAGCGCUGGUUGGCAGAUAUGUACAAUACAAUAAUCUUUCCAAGUCAUCCUAUCAGACAGGUACAUCCCUAGGUAGACGUGAGUACAACCUUGGGAAAUUCCCUUCGCUCCGCGUCAUUUGGCGCAACCUCCCCGCCAUGUCACGAUUAUUGCAAUCAUUGUCACGACAAUCUCCUCCCUUCAAGAAACGCAUACCCGGCGACUUUCUCCAAACGCAUACUCACACACCAUCGCUUCGGUCAAUAUCAUCAUCAAAAAAUCCUCCCUUCCCAACGAUAGCGACAUGCCCCGAUCCAACAUGUACAUGUGCGCCAACUCCGACGAUGCCCGAGGACCUACCGAUUGAUCAUUCACGACCACUCAAUGCGACCAUGGCGCCUUAUACGCAGCAGAUACUGAUCGCAACUGGACAGACGGAUUGGAGUAGUCGGAUUGAGGAUGAUGGCGCCGGCGCAAGCUGGGGUAGUCUUGUGCGUGGACUGAAAGAUAUGUUUCUUCGGGGCGGGAAAUAUGCUGACCCAUAUAAUAAUUUGGUGGUUACGAAUUCCUCUUUCAAGCCUACGUCGCAGGCUUCAUCUCCGUAUGCGUCGGCUUUUCUCUUCCCGGCUUUCAAAUACGUACCUAAAAUACCGAUUUCAGCAGUCUCCGAUGCCCACACUGAACCAAAUCUCGAGUCGUUUGCGCGCGCAUACUUGCUACCCCAGAAGCUUCACUCCGCGCAUGCGCACAUCACAGAGUCACAGCGACAACUACUGACGCGUUCACCGGAAUAUGCCUCUCAAUAUUUCCCCGAUGCACUAGAUAUCAAGCAGUCACCUACAAUACUGAUAUGUGGACAUGGUGGGCGAGAUAUGCGAUGUGGUAUUAUGAGGCCUGUCCUGCAAGCUGAAUUUGAGCGUGUAUUGCGGCGGAAAGGGUUUACUAUAAACAAUGAGGACGGAAAGAAUAAGAUCGAUGGACCGGCUCAUGCAAAUAUUGCGUCUAUCAGUCAUAUCGGCGGACACAAAUAUGCUGGUAAUGUGAUCAUGUAUAUCCCACCAGCCCUUAUGACAACAUCUUCGACAUCGAAUAAAACUGUAUCUGAUCCCAGCCCCCUGGCCGGUAAGGGAAUAUGGUACGGACGAGUCGAGCCUAAGCAUGUGGAAGGUCUUGUUGAGGAGACAAUCUUUAACGGAAGAGUUGUUGAAGAUCAUUUUCGUGGCGGGAUUGGCAUGGAUGGGGAGAUUUAUAGAUUGUAGAUAGGUGUUAUAGGUCUUGAAGACUCCAGUUAGAACCUAGCCAUUGUAUACCAAAUCAAUUCAUGAAAGUUUCCUCUCG